AUCAGACAGAUUCCUGCUGGUUUGGAAAUCGGUUGUUCAAUGGUUGUAUCUCCCCGGUGCUGAGAUGCUGCAAAGGAUUUUUCAUUAGGUGAAAACAUAUUCUGCAGUGGCUAACAUUGUUUGGGUCAAUCUAGUGGCAAUCAGUUUAAUUAUGAGCAGAAUUUGAAGUGAACCAAAACGCAAUGUAGUGAAGUUAGCUAGCUUAGCUAAACGUCGAGUUAGUGUUGGUUGUAAAUUACAAUCAAAGGAUUAUGUAUUGAAAGCUUUGAUGAAGCAUAAAAACGGGAUAAAAAGUGACUCUCAACAUUCAAGUGGACGGAAGUCACUCGCUGAGUCAAUUAGGCACAGGAUUUUAAUAAAUUAAAUUAAACACUUUCCCGAGCUUGACCUUUUUUGCUUCGGGAUUACUUCGCGUCGCAACUCUACAUUCACCAUGCACUCCCGGAUACUGAUGCUUUUCUGGCGCAAAAAGCUUCUCCUGCUUACCACCGCGCUGCUCUUCUUGGUGGCCUUGUGGUUCUGGGGAUUCCUCUAUACGACACACGUGUCCGAUGGUGGGAAAAUCGUUUCCGUCAAGGAGCUGAUGCUGGGUGGGAUAGGUGGUGGCGCGGGCAGUGCUAGCCACCACGAAAGCCUCCUGCAACGGUUGGGAUUCUAUGACGACGAUGUGGCGAAUGACGACGGCCAAUCGGCUAUCGCUGCCGGGGUGAAGUUUGUCAAACCGACUAGUGGCUUCUCGAUGAGGAAUAAAGGAAAAUUCUACAACGAAUGGGAAGCCAUUAUGCAGGAUCGUGAUGAAAAGCCUCGCAUUUCCAAGCAGGAUGUUGUAAAGAGAAAAUCGUCUGAGGAGCUGAGGAUCGCAGCCGAACAUCAGAACCACUACGAACACGAGCUGAAGAAGAUGGGUGUUCCGGUGAUUGCCGGUAUUGGUCCUGGCGGUCAUCCACCGCCAUUGCAGCGCUUGGUUCACAUUGACUUGAAGGGAGCUCCACCGAAAAUUUCUUAUCUGAAACGUUUGAUGCCCAUAAUGAAGACGUUGGGUGCGACAGGAAUUCUGCUCGAAUAUGAAGACAUGUUUCCGUACAGCGGAACACUUUCUUCGAUUGCUGCGAAAAACGCCUACAGCAAAGAUGAUAUAUUGGAUAUCCUGAAAACGGCAUUCGCCCUGGGGCUCACUGUCAUUCCCUUGGUUCAAACGUUUGGGCAUUUGGAGUUUGUGCUGAAGCUACAGGAAUUCCAACACCUCCGAGAACAGGACGAUGCCCCGCAAGCCGUGUGUCCAAGUCAGAAUUCUACGAUGAUAUUUCUUGAAGAAAUGCUUGAUCAGGUGGUCGAGUACCAUACUCCAUCGCAGAACAUUAACCUGUUGCAUAAGGACGACAUCGAGAAAUUGACACCCAAAUUGACUCACAUACAUAUCGGUUGUGAUGAGGUUUAUCAAAUUGCACACUGCCACCGGUGCAAAAAUCGAAUCAAAGAUCAGCUGUUCUUGGAUCACGUCUACAACGUGGCUACGAUCAUCAACAAAAAGUGGCCCAGUCUGAAGAUUAUCAUAUGGGACGACAUGUUACGGCACAUGUCGCAGGAAAUGCUUCAAUCGUCUGGCAUUGGAAAAUUAGUCGAACCAAUGAUUUGGGUUUACGCCGAAGAUAUUUACAAGUUUAUUCAAUCAUCUACCUGGGAAAAAUAUUCCUCGGUUUUCAACACUGCAUGGGCCGCCUCAGCUUUCAAAGGUGCUCACGGUGAAGCACUACUGCUACCUCCCAUUCGACGCCAUCUGGAGAACACUCUUCGUUGGUUGGCGGUCAUGCAGGGUGAAGGAACUCGUUUUACGCAUGGCCUACAGGGUUUGGCUCUGACGGGUUGGCAGCGUUACGAUCACUUUGCCAUUCUCUGCGAACUACUUCCGACGGCUCUUCCUUCGCUGGCUAUCUGCCUGUCGACUGCUUCCCGUGGUUACUUUGACGUCAAUGCCAAAACGAAUCCCGUUCUGAGUAGUUUAACAUGUCCGGAACCUACCAGCGACCGACACGCCUGGAUUGAACUGCACAAAGAUACGAUGCUGUCUACCUUUUCGCGAUGUAUGUUUCCCGGUAGCGUCAUCUACCGGUUCGUUCUACGCCUGAUGACUUUGAUGACUGAAGCAAAGGAGUACAUUGAUGAUGUCAAACAGAAGCGCGGUUGGUUGACGGACUACAACGUACGGCACAACUUCUCCUCGGGACCUCGUGUGGACGACCUCCUGGGAGAGGAUUACCGACUUCUGAACUCAAUAACUAAUUUGGCACGUAAUGCCGCAUCUACGCUGGCUGAUGUUUACGAUCAUUGGACAUCGGGCGAGUUCAUUGAACAACGGAUCUACCCUAUACUGGCAGAGUUGAAGAACCUGGAACACAUCGGUGAGGGGCUGAAGAAACGGAAAACUUGGCCCCAGCGACCACUUCCGUACCUGAAGCCAUUCGAAGCACUCGGUAUCGACGAGAAAACAUAGCUGCAGGAGUACAUGAAGAUUCCACUAAGGCAUUGAGACUCUAUCGGAAGGCCUCAGCGGACUCUUCGAGGAUUCAAUUGUGAUUUCAAAACGAAGUAUUACUAGUAAGAACAGUAGCGGUAAAGAUAACCGGUUGUAGGGUUUUGUAGAUCAGUAACUCUUUUUAUCUCAUGUGAUGAUACGGCACGGCAGUGCAGGGCAGUUUCGACUGUUUUCGGCAGGCGGAGAUCGAUUUGAAUCUAAUCAAGCCCUUAACAUUUUGAAAAUUUUAAUUUGAUUUUGGAAAAUUUGAUUUUGGAAAAUAGUAAUUCGUUAACAGUUUAAAGUUAAAAACAAUUUCAGUGCUCGUUUUAAUUUAUCUAAAACGAAGUAAUAUGGAAAAAAAGUUUAGAAUUAAAGCCUAGAAACAGACCCUGUCAGCUUGGAGCGUAUUCAAUUUUCAGUUCAGUAACGCCAUCGCAUGGCAUCACAUUCAACCAGCGAUGCCAGAUAGUAGUAGUGUCAUUUCCGUAGAUUGGCAUUUUUUGGAAGCUUUCGCUGUGGAAAGCUUUUUUUUUUUGCUCGCAAGACAAAGCUAGUUUCCGUAGUUCUCCGUUGAUAAAUUUUAAUUUCCGUAGAUUUCCGUAGAAAAAUUCAAUUUCCGUAGAUUAUGUCUACGGAUCCGUAGAAAAUGUUCGAAUCCGUAGAUCUACGGAGAUCUCCGUAGAUCUGACAUCGCUGCCUUCAACAUAUCAUGUCAAUUGUAUGGAUGCGCAGUGUUGCUAUUUUAGCGCGAACGAAUUUGACAUUUCUCUCCCCUUCUUCUAUGUACGACAUUGGAUGCGGACUCGCAUGAGCGCGCCAUACUCGCAAAAAAUGAUGUUGCCAAUGAUUUGUUCGGGAAAUGUGAGAGUUGGAUAUCUUGUUAAUAUGAUGUCUUUGCUAGAAGGCAACGCACCACACAUAUCCUUGCUCAUACUACAUACUGAACAUUCGAUCAGAUUAAUUCAUCCUUUCUGAUAUCAUAUAAGAACCAAAACAUAAAUCAGAAUUCAAACAAAAACUCUAACUAACCGGAAUGCAUGCAACUCGAAGCAAUCCUUGGAAUUUUUCUGACAGUUACACGGGAGUUUCAAGGAAACGAGUGCAGAAAUUUAAAAAUUUUGUUUAAUUUUAAUUGUCGCCUAAGGGCAUAUUCAGUAGUGUUCUAGUUAUAGAUGCAUAAUUUAUGUCAGUAACAAAAUUUAAAUCUAAAUUUUAUAACAAGAAAAACUGGCAGCCCCAGCAGUGUUUUACUCGUGUUUCAAAUAUACAAAAAAUAGAACGGCAUAGUAGACCAGCUUUAAAUUUGACAGAAGAACUGGUCGAAUAAAUAAAACAGUUUUAAAUUUGACAGAAGAACUGGUCGAAUAAAUAAACUAGCCACUCGCGUAGGGAGGCUGCGUAGACAGUCCCUCGGGUGUUCCUGUCCCUCCGCACUGCGCGUCCUCCUCGAUGAGCAGUCCAAUAGGCAUCAUGAUCGUUAUCACGCAGACUGCGAUGGACGCUUCUUGCUCUAAUUUUCUGUUGUUUACCACCAGAAACCGCUGUUUUAUGAUGCGCUAGUUGGAGUUUCCUGCUACGAGUGUGAUGCUCUCAGUUUGACCUCUUCGAUGGAUUCUCCAUAAACUGCUAGCAUGAUAUCGCACGCGAACCCGACUAUCUUAGGGCCCGGGAGGACCUCAGUACGCCAUCGUACAUUAUAUUCCACAAGAGCGAGCCCAGGAUGGAUCCCUGUAGUACUCCGGCCAUAAUAGGAGUGCUGCGAAAGCUUUUCUCGAUCACGUAGAGCUUUCCAGAAUCUUGUACAGCUCUUCCGGUACUCCCAGUUGAAGUAUGGAGUUAGCGAUAUUCGCCCAACAAGCACUAUUGAACAUCAUUUUGACGUCAAGCGUUACUACCGCGCAGUAACGAAUUCCACGCCGCUUGGGUUGAAUCGCGACCUCCGCGGCGGCUACCACCGAUUUUAUGGCAUCUGCCGUAGACCUGCCUUUUCGAAACUCGUAUUGUUCGUUAGACAAUCCACCCGCCUUCUCUAUGAACGGGGCUAGCCUGUUCAGAAUGAUUCUCUCCAGUAGCUUCUCCAGGUUUCGGUAAUAGUACCAAUCUCUGCCUUUUCCUAAUGUCCGGGAACGUGCGCUCGUCCAGACAUCUCUGCAUGACCUCUCUGAACAUGUCCGGUUUUGAGAUUAUCGAGCCGCGUCCGGGAUACCAUCUGGCCCGGGGGCUUUCUUAGUAUCGAGCGAUCUCGCCGCUGACAACAACUUGUUUGCUGGUAGCGGUGCUGGCGUCCAGGGGGUCGUGUCGUGGUGAGGGAAGAGGUCCCUUAUGAUCUCCUUCAGCUUAGCCUGACUACGUUCAGGCGGUUCUAGUGCCCCUCUCGUUUUGUCCAUAACCAUCCUGUAGGCAUAGCCCCAUGGGUUGGAGUUGGCACCCUGACACAGGUUAUCGAAGCAGGCCAAGCCGGGACUGCAAACAGUCGCGUCGAUAAACGACUCGACUUCGUUCCGCUGAAAGGUACUUAUUGCCCCGUCGUUCCCCAGUACCACGUCUAGCUUAUCGAGGGUCUCCAGCAGCGUCUGCUCUCUUGAUGUAUUGUGUGGCGGCUACCCCACGCUGUUGCCCAUGCGUUGAUCUCUCCUGCUAUCACGACUGGAUUUUUACCCGUAGACCUGGGUCAGCCUAUCGACCAGUUUGGUAAACUUGCAAUUCGUGAUUCAUACGCCGUCUCCACGUUCCGUCUUCCAUCUGCACUCCGCCAUAGAUGGUCCUCAGUACCUUUCUUUCGAAAACACUGAGGGCGCGUUGGUCCUCUGCCAGCAUAGUCCAGGUCUCGUGGCCAUAGAGAACAACCGGUCUAAUGAGCGUUUUGUAGAUGGUCAGUUUCGUGCGGUUGCGUACUUUUCUCGAUCGGAGGGUUUUUCUGAGUCCAAAGUACGCACGAUUCCCUGCCAAAAUACGUCUAUUAAUUUCUCUGCUCGUGUCAUUACCGGCGGUCACCAGUGAGCCCAUUUCUUCUCUAGAGCCUCUUCCUCUCAUGUAUUUUGUUUUCGACGCAUUUAUGGCCAGUACGAUACGCCUAGCUUCAGCUUUCAGUCCGAUAUAGGUUUCCAUCAUCAUCUCAAGGUUACGUGUCACAAUAUCAAUAUCGUCAGCGAAGCCAAAGAGUUGUACGGACUUACGGAAGAUCGUGCCACUCGUAUCGAUCCUCGCUCUUCGAAUCACAUCUUCCAGGGCAAUAUUGAACAAGAUACAAGAAAGUCCAUCACCUUGACGUAGCCCUCUCCGAGAUUCGAAGGAACUCGAGAGCGUCCCAGAUACUCGGACGUAGCACAUCACUCUAUCCAUCGUUGCUUUGACCAAUCGCGCCAGUUUAUCCGGGAAACCGUAUUCGUGCAUGAUCUGCCAUAGCUGUUCUCGAUCGAUUGUGUCGUAUGCCGCUUUGAAGUCAAUGAAUAGGUGAUGCGUGGGUACGUUGUAUUCACGACACUUCUGGAGUACUUGUCUUAUCGCGAAUAUGUGAUCCGUAGUGGCGAGGGCUCCAGUAAAUCCCGCUUGGUACGGCCCUACGAAUUCCUUAGCUAUUGGUGAUAGACGAUGGCAAAGGAUUUGGGAGAGUACUUUGUAGGCGGCGUUCAGCAAUGUGAUUGCGAGGUAAUUGCAACAGUCGAGCUUAUCGCUCUUUUUGUAGACGGGACAUACCACUCCAUCCAUCCUUUCCUGCGGUAGAAUCUCCUCCUCCCGAAUCCUAGAAAUCGUCCUAGCCAGUGCCUCUCCUCCAUGUUUGAGCAGCUCGCCUGGCAACUGGUCAUUGCCCACGGCUUUGUUGUUCCUCAGAUUGCCGAUUUCCUCAAUUAUCUCCGCUGGGGCUGGGAAUCUGUCGUCGGCUGAGCGUACACCCAGAUUGAUUCUUGUACCGUUCUCUGUAUCUUGUGCUUCGCCAAUCAGAUGCUCGUCAUAGUACUGCUUCCACCUGUCGAUCACCUCACGUUCGUUCGUGAGAAGGUUACCACUGGUAUCUCUGCACAUUUCGUCCUGUGGCGCGUAGCCUCUACGUGAGCGGUUCACCUUCUCAUAGAACUUCCGUGUGUCAUUUGCGCGGUACAGCUGUUCCAUCGCUUCGCGAUCUUCGUCUUCCUGGUAGCGCUUUUUCCUCCGGAAAACCGUGUUCUGUCUGUUUCUUCUCUUCGACCAACUGCUGACAUUCGCCGUCAAACCAGUCGUUUUCUCGAUUUGAUAACCUCGUACCUAUAACGGUUACAGCAGUGCUACUCACGGCGGACCUUAUAUUCCUCCAGCCGUCUUCAAGAGUCGCCGCGCCAAGCUCAUCUUCCGUUGGUAGCACUAGCUCCAGUUGUUGCGCGUAUUCCUCUGCAGUACGAAUGCUACGUAGCUGCUCGAGGUUGAGUCCCGGCGUUCCUGUGCGACGAGUAUUGUGCACCGUCGAUAGUUUUGAGCGCAUACAAACCGCGACAAGGUAGUAGUCAGAAUCAAUGGUGGCACUGCGGUAAGUGCGGACAUUGAUGACGUCGGAGAAGAAUCGCCCGUCGAUGAGAACGUGGUCGAUUUGAUUUUCCGUAUGUUGAUCAGGUGAUCUCUCGGUGGCUUUGUGGAUAUCUUUGCGGGGGAAGAAAGUGCUUCGAACUACCAUUCCUCGGGAGGCUGCAAAGUUUACGCAUCGUUGACCGUUGUCGUUUGUUACCGCGUUCAGGCUCUCCAGCCCGAUCACGGGUCUGUACAUUGCCUCCCGGCCUACCUGAGCAAACUUAUUUAACUACUAUUUCUAUUAUUUUCCCCGGUACAGUAUUCUACAGUACUGUACGUAAUUAUGGCAUUAAAACUUCACGUCACGGUAAGCACUGCAAAACUGACUGAUCCGGGCGUCUAUGGCGACUUUCCGCGUUACUAUCUGAGAACCUGACUGAACUGUCUACUGGUCGACGCCCGAGACUUACGGAUAUUUUCCGCGAACUCUCUGAAACUGACUAACUGCUAACUCAUCCCAACUAUGGGUUUUUGAGCUCCUAACAUUUACUUUCAAGUGAAGCCCGAAGAUUUUAGUACAAGCUGAGCUUGCGAUUUUAAACAGAAAGUUCAUCCGACUUUCUCCCGAAGUUCUACCAAAAACCGAGACCACUGUCACUAUGCCAAUGGCAGUGACCAGUGCCCGUGAAAAGAUAUUUCUGUUGUUACUCGUCGCGGUUACGCUGACGUGAAGGAUUGCUUGAAAGGUGACGAUUUUUCCUUCACGACUGGGUUGCUAUUCUUGCAAUGCUGCAAGUUCAAUGAAAUUCAAUGAAAAACUUUGGUGAGGGCAUUGCAAUAGUAUCUGACAAAAUAUGCCCUAACCAAAAUAAAAAAAAAACAAAAUCAAUGCCAUUCAAAGUAUCUUUUUCCGGAAGUUCUUCUGAAUUGCAUUGUUACCCGGCUCACAAUCCCAGAGAGAUAAAUGUUUUAGUUUGACGAAUGGUUUAGUUUCUCAAUCAUUGAUCCGCAAAUAUUCCCCAAAUUUUACGUCAAAAUCAAGUUGUUGACGCUCAAAACAAAUAUAUUAUAUAUCAAUAUGGAUCACUCCUGCGAUUCACGAGCGACAUCACAGUAACAUUGCGGUUGAAAAAAAGGUUACUAAUACACUACAAAUUUUGUUUAUACACAUAUGACAACUUUUCCAAUCAGUACACCAAAUCAAACAACUCCAAACAUAUAAACAGUUCUCCAUAUGCACUGUACGAAAAAAAGUUAAGGUUUAAAAUACGAUCUUUUGCUAAUUUGAGAGAGAAUACAUUGUUAAAUCAAAAAUCUUUUUGGAUAUACGUGUAUGUGAAAUAUGUUUUCAGUCUAUGUUAACUCUAAAGGUUAACGCAGAACGAAAUUACAAUUUCUUGAUGUUAGAAAAUCAUAUUAGGUCAUUUUAUUUUCAGAAAAGUUGAACACCACUUUAUCACUUUUGAAUGUAAAGUCGAUAAAGUUAAUUCUAACUCUGAACAGAACUUUAAACGGUUUGUUAUUUUGAUUGAUGCAUUGUUUAUAUGCGAUAUUUCAUUUCAUCCGAAAAAAGCAAACUUUAAAAUAUAGAAAAGUUCCCACCUCUAAGUGGGCAUCAUGAUCACUCAAAAUAAUAAUCAUGUUAUAGUCACGUGAAAAAUUAUGUGAAUAUUUUCCACCCUACUUUUCACGUAGGUUUUAAUGGACUGGCAUUUAAAAACUGUUUAAUGCAUAAUCCAGUAAAAGCUACGUGUUUCAUAGGUAAAAUAUAAUGUACUGCUCAUAUCACAUUUACCUAUCAGUUCAUACAAAAUUUAGAUACCAGAGAAUUACUAUUUUAUAUACUGGUUGAAGUCAAAAGGGAGAUUUCCGAUUUUUAUAUAAAUCUAGGAAAUGAAAAAUGCCAUGAAAAAUAAAAUAUUUAUUUCAGAAAAUUAGCAUAAAAUUUUAACGGUUGAAAAUAAAAAGCAACUAAUAACGUCGUGGGAUCUCGAAUCGACAAGCCUCCAGAAAUCGUUUUGUUGUCCCUGCCAUCCAACCGAAGCUGAAGUCGAGAUCCGAGAACUCACACAACACUACCGAUGCAGGUUGAGUUCGCAUUACAUGGGUCCAGUGUCUCUAGCUUCAUGCCGAUUCUGAACUCGUUUUUCGGUGGACCAACGGCCUUUUUGAAGCAUUCGACAGGAGCGGGCACACUUCCGGACUUACGCAGGCACUCGGUCCAGUCGAACACAUGGAAACUUUCAUACUGGAAUGGUCGAUGUAGUAAAAAAUUGUAACUAAAUAACAUUUCUCGCAAAUAUUUACACUACUCACACUUUGAGGGGCACGGUUCGCCAUUUUCAAAAUCCAGUUUUUCACACUGGAAAUUCACGUAGAUUGUUUGACGUUUGGUCAAUUCACGUAAAUCUUAUGUGAUGACUCUAUUCAUUUUAGGGGAUGUUCGUGUAACAUUCAAUUUCGUCACGUAAGCCAUUCAAUUUGCCAUUUGAAACCAGUUUACGUGAUUUUUCAAGUGAAUCGAACGUGAAUUUUUAUUUGAGUGAUCAAUUACUUUUGACAUUUCAGAUUUUGGUGCAUGCUUAACACAAACUAUCAAACAAUAUUGAAUUAGUAACCCUUUUUCGUCACGCGAUGGUGUAACUGUGAUGUGUUUUUCGAAUUGUUUUCGAUUCCCUGGAGUGAUCAAUAUUGAUAUAUGAUAUAUUUGCUUGAAAUUAACGUUUUCUUUGUACAUUUUCGUUUCGGUUGCAAGUAACACAGGAAUCCGAGUUGGAAAAGAUACGUUUCAAGUGUACAAUGUGAAAAAACGAAAUGUCAAGCUAGGAUUUCAUCAAUUUUAAUUGAUAUCAACUCAAAUAAAUUGAAUUUUCCUAGUAUUGAGGAAAGCAAUUCU